AUGCAGUCCCAAGAAAUAAAUAACCAGAGAACCACCAUCGAUAUAUUCAAUAAUUUGAACGGGUUCGAUGACAGUAUUGUUCAAUCAGUUGAAGAACUAGAAAUUCCAUCUUGCUCAAGAGAAGGUGGACAACGAUCAGAAAUAAUACGACAUGAUCUCUUCAAUUCUUAUAAUUCUCUGCCUGAGAGUAAUCAAUACCAACCAGAACGACGAUUCGACGUUGCUCUUCGUCAUAUUGCCGAUAAAUAUGAAAUUAGAGAACAAUUCAGCCAGAAGCUUCCUCUACUUGAACAUUACAAAAUCAUUAUCGUCUGUGAUGAUUCGGGUUCAAUGAAAACACCUGUUGAGCACACAAAUGAAACACGAUGGGAUGAACUUUGUAAAAUAGUCAAAACCAUCCUGGAAAUCGCCGUGAUUUUUGACUCAAAUGGUGUCGAUAUUCAUUUUCUCAAUCGUUCACCAAUGCUUCACGUCACAGAUCCAACACUAAUUGAUGAACAGUUUUCUAUACCACCUCGUGGCUUCACGCCCUUAGUUCCUGUUCUCACACGAAUCUUUUCAUCACCAGAAGCUCAGCGUGGAAGAGACAAGAAGUUCCUCGUGUUCGUUGCAACCGAUGGAACACCCACUGAUAACAAAGGUAAUGUCAACAUUGAUCAACUGGAGGACGUGAUGACUCGAGUACGCAAUGCUGAGACAACCCAUGUUAUGUUUCUGAUAUGUACAGAUGAUCCUGCCUGUGUCGAAUAUUUAGUUGGUUUUGAUAAAAGAAUGGCUAACGUUGAUGUGACUGAUGAUUUUUUCACCGAAAGGGAGAAAGUAUGGAAGAAGAACGGUCCGGCCUAUCCGUUUUCCAGAGGUGAAUAUAUAGCGAAAACGUUACUUGGUGCGAUAGAUCCAGAGAUAGAUGCUAUCAAUGAUACGCCUUAG